CAUAUAAGACAACCAUAAAUAUGACUAUUUAUAAAUAAUCAACUUAUUACAAAUAAUAUAAAUUAUUGAAAAUAUAAAUUAUCAGAAACAAAUUGUGGCUCAGAAAGGAGAAUGAUCAUGACAAAAGUGCAAAAAAUAAUUCCACCUAUAACAAUGUUGGACAAACGUAUCACAAAUGUACAUUGUACAGAAAUAGGUUGUAAUGGUAUAUUCAAAUCGAAAUCAAAUUUAAAUAUGCAUUUAUUACGACACCAUAAAAAAGAAAUAUUACAACCAAUUGACAAAGAAAUUAAGAUGGAAUAUCAUUGUCCUGUUGAGAAUUGUAUGUAUAAUAUAAAUCGUGAUCAGUAUUUUAACAAAUUUAAACUUUUAAAGCAACAUUAUUUAAAAGUACACUGUUCUAAAGAAAUAAUCUGUACUAAAUGCAAUAAAGCAUUCACUACAGCUGUAAAUAUGAAAGAGCAUGAAAAAUAUUGCGGGAUCGAGUUUUAUUGUUUAAGCUGUUCAAAUAAAUAUACAUCAUACGAAGCGCUACGUACUCACACUAAGCGUAAAGGACAUGGUUUUAAAGAAAAGAAAGCAUAUUUGGAUAAAAUGCAAACUCCAUCAACACCUGAUAAAACAACAAUUUUAUAUACUGAUAGAAUACUUUUACCAAAAAUAGAAACGAAAUCAAGCAAUGAAAUUGGUAUUCAAACAGAUUUCAAUUGUUGUAAAUUUAAACAAAAACGAAUUUUACUACGAAAACGAAGUAUAUCGUCUCAAACAAAUGAAAAUCGUUUAAAAACAAUUGAAACUCAAACGUCUGGUGACCAUAUAUUAAAACGAGCCAUGGAACAAGCGGACAUACCUCUUCUAAUAACAAAACGUAUGAAUAAUCAAGAUAUGCACACACAAACAACUACGAUAACUGCGGAAAAAGCAACUGAACCUUUAUUAACACAAAAUACAUUACUAGCUAAUUCAAAUACUACAUUUGUAGAUGGUUCAAAUCAUUCUACAUGUUAUUCGUUAACUGUCGAUGCAAAUUUAGAAGAUUUAUGGAAUGAUUCGGGCACUCAAACAAGCCCACAACAAAAUGUAUUUGAUAACAUUACUCAAUCUCAACGGAACGACAAUUAUUUAGCAAGUAAUUGUUUUAUGGGAAAUUAUGAAAUCGAUCAAGAAACUAUUAAUGAGAAUAAAUUUUGUACUAUAGAAACACAAACUGAUAUGAAUUCAUUAUUUAAUGAAAAUUCAUUGUAUCCAUUUUCAAAUAUGUGUACACAAACGGCGAAUACAACUUUAUUGGAUUUAGAGUUAAAUGAUAUUGAAACUCAAACUGCUUGGCCUAUUUAUCGAGACGAUUAUCUUGUGUCAACAGAAACUCAAACAUCUAGUUUUGUUACAGAAUUUAAUCAUACAGAAACACAAACCGAUUUGGGUUUGUCACCUUUAGAUGUUUCUUGACAGGAAGAAGAAUUUGAUUUUAUGUUUUUAUUCGAUUUGGUUGGCUCGGCAGAUAAGUAAAUUAAUUUAAUCGAUAUUAUAUAGCGAUCUUUAUUAAUGUUAUUUAUAUUUUAAUGUUGUUAAUUAAAUGUUAUUUUUGUUUUGCUGGAAUUAACUAAAUAUAAAGUCUU